CCCCAGCCCCCGGUAACGGUCGCUGGUGAGUUUAAAUGAGCCGGGGCUGGCCGGGCCGGAGCCGCUGCCGGGGGACCUGAGGCGCUGCGGACUGUGGGCCUGAGCCUCCAGGAUGACGGUGCUGCAGGAACCCGUCCAGGCUGCCAUAUGGCAAGCACUAAACCACUACGCUUACCGAGAUGCGGUGUUCCUUGCAGAACGGCUGUAUGCAGAAGUCCACUCAGAAGAAGCUCUGUUUUUGCUGGCGACCUGCUAUUACCGCUCAGGAAAGGCUUAUAAAGCCUACCGACUCCUGAAAGGACACAGCUGUGUUACUCCACAGUGCAAAUACCUGCUUGCAAAGUGCUGUGUCGAUCUCAGCAAGCUUGCAGAAGGGGAACAGAUCUUAUCUGGUGGAGUGUUUAAUAAGCAGAAAAGCCAUGAUGAUAUUGUUACUGAGUUUGGUGACUCCGCUUGCUUCACUCUGUCACUGCUGGGACAUGUGUAUUGCAAAACAGAUCGGCUUGCCAAAGGAUCAGAAUGUUACCAAAAGAGCCUUAGUUUAAAUCCUUUCCUCUGGUCCCCCUUUGAAUCAUUGUGUGAAAUAGGUGAAAAGCCAGAUCCUGACCAAACAUUUAAAUUGACAUCUUUACAAAACUUUAGCAACUGUCUGCCCAACACUUGUACAACGAUAGUAUCUAAUCAUAGCUUAUCUCACAGGCAGCCUGAGACAGUUCUUAUGGAAACACCCCAGGACACAAUUGAAUUAAACAGAUUGAAUUUAGAAUCUUCCAAUUCAAAGUACUCCUUGAAUACAGACUCCUCAGUGUCUUAUAUUGAUUCAGCUGUAAUUUCACCAGAUACUGUCCCUCUUGGAACGGGGACGUCCGUAUUAUCUAAACAGCUUCAAAAUAAACCAAAAACUGGCCGAAGCUUAUUAGGAGGACCUGCUGCUCUUAGCCCAUUAACCCCAAGUUUUGGGAUUUUGCCAUUAGAAACCCCAAGUCCUGGAGAUGGAUCCUAUUUACAAAACUACACUAACACACCUUCUGUAAUUGACGUGCCAUCCACUGGAGCCCCUUCUAAAAAGACGUUUUAUGUUUUACAGUCUGUUGCCAGAAUCGGUCAAACUGGAACAAAAUCAGUCUUCUCACAGAGUGGAAAUAGUCGAGAGGUAACUCCAGUUCUUGUUGCACAAACACAGAGUUCUGGACCACAAACAAGUACAACACCUCAGGUAUUGAGCCCCACUAUCACUUCUCCCCCUAAUGCACUGCCUCGAAGAAGCUCACGGCUUUUCACUAGUGACAGCUCUACAGCCAAGGAGAAUAGCAAAAAAUUAAAAAUGAAGUUUCCACCUAAAAUCCCAAACAGAAAAACAAAAAGUAAAACUAAUAAAGGAGGAAUAACUCAACCUAAUAUAAAUGAUAGCUUGGAAAUAACAAAAUUGGACUCUUCCAUCAUUUCAGAAGGGAAAAUAUCGACAGUUACACCUCAGAUCCAAGCAUUUAAUCUACAGAAAGCAGCUGCAGAAGGUUUGAUGAGCCUCCUUCGUGACAUGGGGAAAGGUUACCUAGCUCUGUGCUCCUACAACUGCAAAGAGGCCAUCAGCAUCCUGAGCCACCUGCCUUCUCACCACUACAGUACUGGCUGGGUGCUGUGCCAGAUUGGACGGGCCUAUUUUGAACUUUCAGAAUACAUGCAAGCUGAAAGAAUAUUCUCAGAGGUUAGAAGGAUUGAGAAUUACAGAGUUGAAGGCAUGGAGAUCUACUCUACAACACUCUGGCAUCUUCAGAAAGAUGUUGCCCUUUCAGUUCUUUCAAAAGACUUAACAGACAUGGAUAAAAAUUCACCAGAGGCCUGGUGUGCUGCAGGGAACUGUUUCAGUUUGCAACGGGAACAUGAUAUUGCAAUUAAGUUCUUCCAGAGAGCUAUCCAGGUUGAUCCAAAUUAUGCCUAUGCUUAUACUCUCUUAGGGCAUGAAUUUGUGUUAACUGAAGAAUUAGACAAAGCCUUAGCUUGUUUUCGAAAUGCUAUCAGAGUCAAUCCUAGGCAUUAUAAUGCAUGGUACGGCUUGGGGAUGAUUUACUACAAGCAAGAAAAAUUCAGCCUUGCAGAAAUGCAUUUCCAGAAAGCACUUGACAUCAACCCGCAGAGCUCAGUUUUACUCUGCCACAUUGGAGUGGUUCAGCAUGCACUGAAAAAGUCUGAGAAGGCUUUGGAUACCCUAAAUAAAGCCAUUGUGAUUGACCCCAAGAACCCUCUAUGCAAAUUUCACAGAGCCUCAGUUUUAUUUGCAAAUGAAAAAUACAAGUUUGCGUUGCAAGAACUUGAAGAACUGAAACAAAUUGUUCCCAAAGAAUCUCUUGUUUACUUCUUAAUAGGAAAGGUUUACAAGAAAUUAGGUCAGACACACCUUGCCCUGAUGAAUUUCUCUUGGGCUAUGGACUUGGAUCCUAAAGGAGCCAAUAAUCAAAUCAAAGAAGCGAUUGAUAAGCGUUACCUUCCCGAUGAUGAGGAGCCCAUAACUCAAGAAGAACAGACCAUGGGAACAGAUGAAUCCCAGGAAAGCAGCAUGACAGAUGCAGAUGACACACAACUUCAUGCAGCUGAAAGUGAUGAAUUUUAACUUCUGGGAACCAGACUUUACAACUGAAUGUGUGACUAGUGCUGACAUGUUGCUUGUUCCUCCACGUACUGAGUCUUGACUCCUGAGCCGCAGUGUCGUCAUCCAUCACUUACCCAUGAGUGCCACUGUGACUGGACCCUGACUGCUUACAGAAGGAAAGGCAGUGCAAUAUUUAGCUGCUAAUAAGGCUGGCUCUUUCUCCAGUACGAAUGACAAUUAGGGGGGUAAGGUGGGUAACUUUCUCUUCUCUUUUCUUUCCUUCUUUUUUCUUUCUUUCCUCCCCCCGCCUCUUUUUUCUCUUUUUUUUCUUUUCUCUUUUUUCUUUUUUUAAUCUCCCUUUUUUUUUUUAAAGCUAUCAUGGAAGGAAGAGUUAUGUUUUAUCUUGAAGAAACCAUUAGAUAAGGAAAAUAGUGGUGAACCAGAAUUUCGUGGUCAUUUUUUCAAAUUUGUUUUUAUUUGGUUCUAUUCCUGCUAAACAGACUGACUGACCUUCAUUUCUAGGUUCUUCAAGAAUGGUGUUAACAAGUGCCAGAUGGAACAAUAAAAGACAUUGCCUGUAACAAAGUAACUUGAUUGCCAAGGAAUGUAAAUUACCUUAAACUUACAAUGUCUCCAUAAACCAAUGUAGCGGGCCUGUUGAGACUCCUGUAGGAAUCAACUACCCUUCCAUACAGUGUACACUUAUUCUUGGCAAGACCACUCUAACAUCUAACCAAGAAUUUCAGUUUAUUCAUCUCGCUGCAGAGUAUGAUCGUUACUGUCUUGUUAUUGCAAUGUUAAAGUUGGCCCUUACCAUGUUGCCCCUUACCUUUGAGCUCUGUGGGAUCACCUUUAACAUUCAAAGAUGAUACAAGUGGUUGGCCACUGAAAAGCCAAAACAAGGUCUGGCAGCCUGUUACGCUCACUACAAGAGUCACAGUGAGAACACUAGAGUGGGGAGACCUGUAAGAGAUCAUGAUAGUGGAAGCCUGAUACAAUCAGCGUCACACCGUAACCUUGGACCUAUAAUUGUUCAACAGUAUCUUUUGAUUUCCCAAAGUGUUGUUAAAGGUGUAAGAAUAGGUGAUUAUCUCUGGCUUAAGUCAUCUACAUUCUUGUCAUCUCUGCUUCAAAUUUUCAGUAGUGCAAGUCAUCAAAAUAUCUACUGAGAAUUAUUGGGUUUGGGAUAUUGGGAAAUUUUAGCUAUCAGAAAUAAUGAGAAUAAUAAAACCCUUAAGAAGGAGA